UUUCACGUUGCAAUUUUUAACAAUUUGAAAUAAUUCAAUCAUUUGUUUAUUAAUUCUUUUAAAUAAAUUAACAAUCGAACCAAUAACAAAAAAAAAUUUGUAUCUUUCGAUAAUGAAUAACGAAAGUUUUCAAGUCCGCAUCAUAAAUAAAGAGAAAGGUAAAGGAAUUUUUGCUUUGCGGGCUUUCAAAGAAGACGACAUAAUAUUCGAAGAAAAACCAGUAGUUUGUUGUCAAUUUUCAUGGAAUUCUGAUUACGGUUACUUGGCAUGUGACAACUGUAUGUAUCCCCUAGAAAAUGCAGAAGAAAACGCGCGCCGGUUGACUGGAAAAAAUGAUUUGAUUUUACCGCAUCCAGAAUGCUGUGAGAUAAAAAAAGAGUCAAUAGUUGAAUGUCCAGCUUGUGGUAGCAAGUAUUGCAGCCCUGAUUGUUUGAACGAAGCACUUGGUAAAUACCACAGAAUCUUAUGCAGUCAAACGCGUGAAAAAUGUGAAGCCCAUCCGCUGGAAAAAUUAAAAGAAACCUGGAAACAAAUGCAUUACCCACCGGAAACUGCUACAAUCAUGCUCUUGGCAAGAAUGGUAGCUUAUGUCAAUCAAGCUGAAGAUAAAUCGAGUGUUUUAUCUGUUUUUAAUAAUUUCUGUCACAAGACAGUUAAUGAGGUCCAUGAAAUAGCACACAAUUUACUUGGAGAAAAAUUCAUUGGGCAAAUUGAUGUGCUGAGACAAUUGAUGGAGCAGACGUUUAGUAAAGAGAACGUUCCCCAGUGGUUCACACCUGAAGGUUUUAGGAGUUUAUUAGCACUAGUAGGCACAAAUGGUCAAGGUAUUGGUACAAGCGCAUUUAGUAGAUGGGUGAAAAAUGUAUCAGCUCUUGAAUUACCCGAUGAUCGAAGGAUUCAAAUCGAUAAGUUUGUCGAUCAGAUUUACGAUGACAUGGACGAAGUGGUAGGAACUUUUCUGAAUAAUGAGGGAUCUGGUUUAUACGCACUUCAGUCAACUCUCAAUCAUAGCUGCUCACCAAAUGCCGUUGUUGAAUUCCCUUACUCUAAUAGUACUUUGAGAAUAAAAGCGACUCGUGAUAUUCAGCCUGAAGAAGAAAUUUGUAUUGGAUAUUUAGAUGAAUGUGAAUUAGAGCGCAGUAGACAUUCACGACAAAAAUUACUAAGUUCCUUGUAUUUAUUUGUUUGUCAAUGCGACAAAUGCAUUGCGCAAGCUGAGGAUUCAGAUGUUACUUCUGAUGAAGAUGACUAUGAUCAUGAUAUGUCAAGUUAAAUAAAUAAAAUAUAUAAGAAUUUAUAUUGAAUAUAA